AUGGGGUACCAGAAGCAGCCUUUGAAUUUCAGAGGUACACGACAGUUAAGUCGCACUACAAAUUCAUGUCAAGAACUUGGGUCCCGCGUGACAACUUGGAAUGACAACGCUACCUUCAGAUUCAGGUAUUUGGAGUGGCGGGCCGCCUUUCCAAGCUCAGCCUGUGAACUAGUGGCCCAGCACAGAAGCCGCCGGAAUGCAUGGCAGUCAUGGCUGCCAAACCGGAAGCGCACCGAGGGUGGGGGUGGGGGUGGGGUCUUCGUGCCACACCGGAAGGCGUUCUCACGCAGUGGCUGUCGGGAGAGGCCUAGGCUGCUGUCCCUUCGCGUGCUGUGGCGUGCGCAGAGUUGCGAGCUGCGAGGGUCGGUCCUGCGUGGGAAGCUCUGGAGAGAUGAACUGGGUUGGUGGCUCCCGCUGUUCUUCAGUAGCUGCCAGAAACCUGAAGAUGUAUGCUCUGAUGCCAGUGUCAGCAAGACCAAGAGCAAGACCAGGGUUCUGAUAAAGCAAGAAAGAAGAAAACAGAAGGAAUACUUUGAAAGGAACAAGUUAAAAUCAAAGAUGAAAUUACUAGGAGUUUUUUCACCUGUCAAGAACCCCACUGUCAGUUUAGACCUUCUUAAUCUGUAUAUGGUAAAUCAGAUAUCUUCGAAGAAGGAAACACCAGAGAGCAUGAAAAGACCAACUCAUGUGAAUAUGAAUAGAGAUUUGAAAAUCCCACUACGAAAGCAUGAUUUAGAACUUCCAAUGACACCUCAUUGUGUACCUUCUAAGCUGUGCAUCGAUGAUAUGGAAAAUAAUGUACCGUAUCAAAGAUUAUGUAGCAAGGAAGAAACUGGCCCAGUUCAAUCAUCACAAGAUAUGAACUCACACAGAAUGUUCCACAAAGCAGAAAACUACAGUUAUCCUCCACCGUCUUUUCCAGCAGAAUUACCCUCUAACAGACAUAUUCUAAACCAAAAUUCCACCUCAAGGAUAGCUCCAAGUCCUUGGAAAUCUGCAUAUGAAGCAAACCACAGUGAGCAGUUCAAUAAUGGGAAAUUUUCUGAUUCCGUAUUUUCCCAAUUCAAUAAACAUCAGAAUGUUUUCAGUUCAUCUCAGAAAACAGAAGAGUUUGGAGCCUCAUAUGAGAGAAUACACAGUCUAGAAACUGGUGAUUUCCUUACUAAACGAUCUGUGGCUAUGGGUGAAGAUCCUAGAAGCCUGUAUGAAAGAAGACAGCCAGACUUUGCUAUGGAAAAAACAUCAGUGCAACACGUUUGGGGAAAUCAAGGGAAAGAAUUUUCUAAUUGUCUUGAAGAUGUGAUCCACUCAACUCAGAGACAUCUGCCGGACAAUCCCAACUCUUUCGUUAGUCACAGCAUGAUCGAUUUACUAAGCAGAGACCAGCCAGGAAGAAGGGCAGCCUUUUACAAGUGUGGUUAUGGCAGCAUGAGUGAUCCCCAUGUAGCUUCUGCUGAUGAAAGCGAUUCCACUGGUGGGUUCAUUAAAGGGAAUUUUACAGUUCCACAAGCAGCUUUUCAUUAUCUGCCUUUUAACACAAAUUACAUAGAAACAUGUCAGUCAAACAAGCCUUACAGGAAGGAGUACAAGAAUAAUGAAAUAAAUGAAUUUAGAAGAACUUCUGAGAAAGGUUGUUACCCAACCAGCAGUGCAAGAAAAGGUUGGUGUUGCACAUUCAGUUUUUCUUUAUAUAAAUAUCUGGAGUCUUCGCAGAGCAGCCAGUCGGCCAGCUACUCUCCGCGGCCAACAGACAGUACCUUCAGCUCCAGUUCUGACUUGAUAUCCGAAGAUGAAGAUCAGAUUCAGAAGCAGAUUGAAGAUUCAAAUAAGAAAGCUACAGAAACAACUCAUAAUUGCCUAGAAAAGAUGGAAGAUCAGUUAGGUGACAUAACUGUGAAAGACAGUGCCAAAACUCAUAUACAGAAUGAUAAUUUUCACCAAUCCUCAGAGAAAAAUAGUGCUGAUACAUUCCCAGAGUCCCAGUGCAGCUCAGAGCACACAUCACAAAAGAAACUCAAUGGUAGCUGUGCACUUCAGGCAGGGCGAUGUGACUCAGGGGUCCAGACAGAGAGAGAGCCCGUUGUGGCCGCAACAGCAGAUGUUGCCAUACAGUGUACCAUCAUCAUUUCACAGUGUUCCUGUAAAGGUGGUCCCAGUGGUCACCUAAAAGAGGCAUCCUCCAUUCAAGAGGCUGGCAGCUACAGGGAAGACAUGACAGCAGACACCACUGGAGGGCAGGAAACACAAACAACUCACUGUAAAAUCUCAGACUAG